GGGGAAAAAAAAAAUCAUUGAGUGGAGGCACCAAAGACCUCUUUAUACAAACAAAAACACCUCUCUCUUCUCCAAACCCACAAUCUCCAGGCGAGUGCUAGACGAAGAAAACUUUUCCAUCUGUUCUGCUUUCUGCGCCACUUUCUCUCUCCUCCCUGUUCCGUCGCCGCCUCCUCUUUCUCUCUCUAACCUUCGCAUAAACCCUAAUUUUCAUUUUUCCAGUCGCCUUUCGCCUUUAUCUCUCUUAUUCCGCAGACCCUAAUUGUUUUCUCCUUUUUGUUCCCAAAGACCCUAAUCAUAUCCCAAAGCCUUUUUUCAAAAAGGUCUCUCAAUUUCAUCCACCUUUUUGCUUCAUCAUAUUACGUACGUGAUCGUGUCGUGAUCAUACAGCGAUUAUGUCUAUAUAUAGAGAAGAUAUGGAAGUAAACGGGGAGCAUGAUUUGAAGACGCCGCUUUUGCAAUCUUUGGACAAUGUUGCGGUCACCAUUUCUCAGCCAACUAAUAAUGAUGUCAAGAAAAUUAAGACGAUUAUGUUCAAAAUAAGCGGCAUCGAGUGUGGAUCUUGUGCGACUUCCUUAGAACCUAUACUCAGUAAGCUUAAUGGUGUCGAGAGUGUUAUGGUGUCACCGCUCCAAGGCCAGGCUGUAGUCAGUUACAUGCCAGAACACACUAAUGCAAAAACAAUAAAAGAAACUGUGGAAAAAUCAGGAUUUCAAGUUGAUGAGUUCCCAGAACAAGACAUAGCAGUAUGCAGGCUUAAAAUUAAAGGAAUGGCAUGCACCAGCUGCUCUGAGUCUGUAGAGCGUGCCCUUUCGAUGGUUGACGGAGUGAAAAAAGCAGUGGUGGGUCUAGCUCUUGAAGAAGCAAAGAUUCAUUUUGAUCCAAACGUCACUGACACUGACCGCAUCAUUGAAGCAAUCGAGGACGCUGGUUUUGGAGCCGAUCUCAUAAGCUCUGGGAGUGAUGUGAACAAAGUGCACUUAAAACUUGAAGGUAUUAAGUCAGUGGGUGAUUUGACUUUGAUUCAAUCCUCCCUUGAGUCAAUGGAAGGUGUGAAUCUGGUUGAAAUGGACUCGGAAGGACACAAGGUAACUGUUAGCUAUGAUCCAGAUGUCACUGGUCCUAGGUCUCUCAUCCACUGCAUCCAAGAAGCUGGCUCUGGCCCCAACCUUUAUCGUGCUAGCUUAUACAUCCCGCCAAGACGACGGGAAACCGAGAGGCAGCAUGAAGUCCUGAUGUACAGAAACCAGUUCUUAUGGAGUUGCCUAUUUUCAGUUCCAGUUUUUAUUUUCUCCAUGGUACUUCCAAUGCUUCCUCGUUAUGGUGACUGGUUAGACUACAAGAUUCACAAUAUGAUCACUGUUGGGCUGCUUUUAAGAUGGAUCUUUUGCACACCAGUGCAAUUUGUUGUUGGCCGAAGGUUUUAUGUAGGAUCAUAUCACGCACUGAGGCGAAGAUCUGCCAAUAUGGAUGUUUUAGUUGCAUUAGGCACCAAUGCUGCUUAUUUUUACUCUAUGUAUAUAUUGAUAAAAGCUUUCGCUUCAGAUACAUUUGAAGGGCAAGAUUUUUUUGAGACCAGUGCCAUGUUGAUAUCCUUUAUUCUUUUAGGAAAAUAUUUGGAGGUUGUGGCUAAAGGAAAAACAUCAGAUGCUUUAGCAAAGUUGACAGAUCUUGCUCCUGAUACUGCUUAUCUAUUAGCAUUGGAUGUUGAUGGAAAUGUUAUCUCAGAGAUAGAAAUCAGCACUCAGCUGAUACAAAGGAAUGACAUAAUUAAGAUUGUUCCAGGGGCAAAGGUUCCUGUUGAUGGUAUUGUUAUAAGUGGUCAGAGUCAUGUCAAUGAGAGUAUGAUUACUGGAGAAGCAAGGCCAAUUGCUAAGAGACCUGGUGACAGGGUUAUUGGUGGUACUGUGAAUGAGAACGGAUGUGUUUUGGUUAAGGCCACUCAUGUUGGGUCAGAAACCGCGCUUUCCCAAAUUGUUCAGCUUGUGGAAGCUGCUCAGCUUGCCAGAGCACCUGUUCAGAAACUAGCUGACCGGAUUUCAAGGUUUUUCGUUCCUAUGGUCGUUCUAGCUGCAUUCGUAACGUGGCUGGGAUGGUUUAUCCUUGGAGAAGCUGGUUUUUACCCUAAACACUGGAUACCAAAAGCCAUGGAUAGUUUUGAGCUUGCGCUGCAGUUCGGUAUUUCAGUGCUGGUGGUUGCUUGCCCCUGUGCUCUGGGACUAGCAACCCCUACAGCAGUGAUGGUUGCCACGGGAAAGGGUGCUUCACAAGGUGUGCUCAUCAAGGGUGGAAAUGCAAUUGAAAAGGCACACAAGGUGACAACAGUUGUUUUUGAUAAAACAGGGACUUUGACAUCUGGAAAACCAACAGUAGUUGGUGCUGUUCUUUUUUCCAAAUUUUCAAUGGAGGAGUUCUGUGAUAUGAGUAUUGCUGCAGAGGCAAAUAGCGAGCACCCACUAGCUAAAGCUGUGGUGAAGCAUGCUAAGAAGCUGCGCCGGAAUCAUGGAUCCGAAACUGAACAUGUGGCUGAGGCAAAGGAUUUUGAGGUGCACCCAGGAUCUGGGGUGAGUGGAAAAGUUGGAGAUAGAUUAGUCUUGGUCGGGAAUAGGAGACUUAUGAGGGCUUUCAAUGUCCCACUUGGUCCUGAGGUUGAGGACUACAUUUCAAAAACUGAGCAGCUGGCUCGCACUUGUGUGCUAGUUGCCAUUGAUCAGAGAGCUGCUGGAGCUUUCGCUGUGACUGAUCCAGUGAAGCCAGAGGCUGCACGUGUUAUAUCAUAUCUCCACUCGAUGAACAUCUCAAGCAUCAUGGUGACUGGUGAUAACUGGGCUACAGCAAACGCAAUUGCAAAGGAAGUUGGAAUUCAGGAGGUUUUUGCUGAGACAGAUCCACUGGGAAAAGCUGAUAAGAUAAAAGACCUGCAGGUGAACGGCACAAGGGUUGCAAUGGUUGGAGAUGGAAUAAAUGACUCACCAGCCUUAGUUGCUGCUGAUGUAGGCAUGGCAAUUGGUGCGGGAACUGAUGUAGCAAUAGAAGCAGCUGACAUAGUUCUGAUGAAGAGCAACUUGGAAGAUGUAGUCACAGCCAUAGAUCUCUCAAGAAAGACCAUGUUCCGCAUUCGGCUAAACUAUGUGUGGGCUCUUGGCUACAACAUACUUGGCAUGCCGAUUGCUGCUGGAAUCUUAUUCCCCUUCACUGGAAUCCGCUUACCUCCUUGGCUUGCUGGUGCUUGCAUGGCUGCUUCAUCCAUAAGUGUGGUUUGUUCUUCACUCCUUUUGCAGUCAUACAAGAAGCCUUUGCAAGUUGAAGAUGCUCGAGGAUCAAUUGAAUACACCAAAUCAACAUGAGAAUCAACAGUUACGCCUAGUUCUUAGCUUCUGUAGCUUUAGGGUUCUUGUUAACUAGGGUGGUAGUAAUUGCUGAGAUGAUUGAUUGUUCACCCAUGCCAUUACUUUGUAUAUUGCCAUGCUAGAAGAAUUUGAAAGCAUAAUAAUAUUAAGAUUGCAAUGUUACAAUUUUGCUUUCUGCAGAAA